AGGAAUAGUAACAGGAACCUACAGGCCCUAGCUAUUCUGGGGGAGGUCUCGGGAUUUUAUGUAUUUGGUUUGCUGGCCGCUUCCAUCGCCUCGCACAACGAGACGGCCGCUAAACCCCGCAACUCCGGGGUUCUUUAGCCCGUAGCGUGUGGGUUAGCUCGAUUUCAGGGGUGUGCUAACCUUAUUACAGCGAUGACAGACAUUGACAGUACUACCGUUAGCAGCAUGGGGGUUCUAACCGUUCUCUACCCUACCGUACGUAGGGGUUUCUCUUCAACCACAACCAAUAAGCUUCUAUGCUUUUCUUCAUCUACUACAUAGUAUACCAUUUACCAAGACGAGGUCCUUGUCUUCAUCAUUCCAAGAUAUAUCACUAACUCCCUUAUGGACUGAGGGGAUAUUAGCUUCCCGAGUCAAGUAACCAAAAUAGGUUCGAUUGACAUAACGUAUUAUGACUUGGUUAAAGUACGACGGCUGGAUUCAGAGACAGCGUCAGAGCUCUCCAGAGCAGGGUUUGCUCCAAGAUAGAGGUCGCAGUUUGAUAUGCAAUGUCGUAUCAAUCCCGUAAUACAGCUUUAUCUCCGCCCUGGUCGUUUACCGAAACAAAGCGUGCCACGGAAGAUAAAUUAAACUACAUGCCACGGGCCCUUUGCUACGACUUAUACCUUCGCCAAUAUCUCAACUUUCAAAUAUUGGAACGAUCCUGAGAACCAAACUUACCUAGGUACCUACCUACCAAGUCCAAGUAGGAUGUCAAACCCUCCGAGCGAAAAGGGAGACCCCGAAAGAGCUAUCUCGAAUGAGACGACCAUUAGCAAAGAUGGCGAGGCUACCACCACCACUGCCUCCGCCGCUGGCUUGCCUAACGUGGCAGAAUUAGCCCAACCAAAUAUGAGGGGGUUGAGAGCACCCGAAAUCAUCGCGAGAUUGAGUCCUGAGCAGCGCGUCGAGCUGGAAACGCGAUUGCGGAAAAAGAUCGACUUGAGAUUACUUCCAAUGCUCAUUCUCAUGUACAUUCUGAACUAUAUCGACCGAAACAAUAUCGCCGCAGCGAAACUUGCUGGGUUGCCUGAAGACUUGAAUUUGGACCCAAAUGCGAGCGAGUUCCAGACAGCCGUGAGCAUUCUAUUCGUUGGGUACCUCCUCAUGCAGAUACCAUCGAACCUAUUCCUAAACAAGAUCGGGAAGCCAGCUCUAUACCUUCCAGCAUGUAUGAUGAUCUGGGGAGUCAUCUCGGCGGCUACGGCUGCGGUCACCAAUUUCGGUGGCCUCAUCGCUGUUCGGUUUUUCUUAGGUUUUGUUGAAGCAGCGUACUUUCCGGGCUGUCUAUACUACUUGAGUUGCUGGUAUACACGAAAGGAGCUAGGUCUGCGGACAGCAAUGCUGUACUCGGGCGCGUUGAUCUCUGGUGCCUUCUCUGGAUUGAUGUCGGCCGGCAUUACGCAGAAUAUGAAUGGCGCAAGAGGAUUUAGCGCAUGGCAGUGGCUCUUCAUCAUAGAGGGUGUCAUCACAAUCGGAAUCUCAUUCAUAGCCUUUUUCAUCCUUCCUAACUUCCCUCGAACGACUUCGUGGCUUACCGAGGAAGAAAAAGCUCUCGCUAUCUGGAGAUUAGAAGAGGACAUUGGCGAGGACGACUGGAUCGACAGCGAACACCAGUCGUUGUGGCAAGGUGCCAGGCUCGCUUUUACGGAUGUGAAAACAUGGGUCUUGUUGGUUCUACUUUUCGGUAUCGUCGCAAGUGGCUCUGUCACCAACUUUUUCCCAGCUGUGGUCAAAACCCUGGGUUAUAAUAACGUGGUUACACUGCUUCUAACAUGCCCUCCAUACGUACUCUGCGUCAUCGCUACCUUCAUCAAUGCUUGGCAUGCUGAUCGGACUGGUGAGCGCUACUGGCAUAUCACAUUGUCAUUGGUUGUCGCUUUAGCGGCUUUCAUCCUUGCAGCGGCGACGACUGACUUGGCGCCGCGAUAUGUGGCUAUGAUGCUUAUGGUUCCCGGAGUCUAUUGCGCAUUCGUCGUGGCUCUUGCCUGGAUCAGCAACACACUUCCUCGUCCACCGGCGAAGCGUGCCGCCGCUCUCGCUUUCAUCAAUGCUGUCUCGAAUGCUUCGAGUAUCUACGCCUCGUAUAUGUACGAAGAUAGAAUGGCACCACGCUAUGUCAUCGCGAUGUCUGUCAACUGCGGCACUACCUUCAUGGCGAUCGUGGCUGCUACGGUCAUGCGCAUCAUGCUCGUCCGAUUGAACCGUAAACUUGAUGCUGGUGAGUUCGUCGAGGGUGCCGUGAAUGCUUUGCCGGGAGAGGCUGUUCUUCACGGAUUCCGGUUCAAGGUGUAAGGGGUAUGGCUGUUAUCUCAAAGGGCUUAGAAAAAGGUGGCUACAGUGUUGGUUUUGGAAUUUAUACUAGCUUUCGUUUUAUGUUGGACGAUGUUUACGUGAUAGCAUAGCAUAGGUGCCUCCUAGGUACCUAGGCUUAUAUGGAAGAUUAGGUAGGGUUAGGUGUCGAAGGUUUAAGUAUUAGGCUGUACCUUGACUUAAUUUCUAGCUACAAUACAAUGAUCAUUCCUAGCUA